CUGGUGGGCUGAUAGCUCCGGUCGUCGUCGGCCGCUACCUCAGCAGCAGGAACCGAAGUCGCUGCCGCUUGCCUCACUGGUCGCCCGCGCGCUGUCUCGGCCGGUCCCGCAGCCAUGGAGGACUUCAUUGUGAUCUCGGACGACAGCGGCUCCGAGAGCUCCGGGGGGACCCGCCCGGGCCGGGCGCGGAGGCUCCGCCGGGCCCUGUCCCGGACCCCCGGCGCGCUGCCCCGCCGGACUGUGGACUUCAUUGACUUAACUAGAGAAGCCAGACCAAGGGCAAAGGAUCGCAGUGGACUCUGUGUGAUUGAUCUGACAGGAUCUGAGGAAGAAAAUAGACCUAUUGCCACUCUUGACUUGACUCUAGAACCUGUUGCUCCUUCCCAGAAAGAGCCAGCCAGUCUUCAAGCAUGUGCUAGCCUCUGCAGCAAAGAGAUAACGGAAGGGUGGGUGGACAGAAGCUCUAGGCCUGCAGCACAGAGAAUCAUCAACAGUGAUCCUGUGGUUUUGGACCUUUUGGAAGAAACAGCAUUCGAAGGUCCCCAGCCACCCAUGUCUAUCAGUGGGGACUUUGUUUACCCAGUAGAGCCGAACUGUAGCUCAGCCAUAUUCAAAGGUGACCUCAGCUUCUUGGCAAGCCUACAACCCUCUUCAAAUAUUCACUCCCUCCCCCAAACCAGCAAUAAUAGUAGCAGUAGCAAUCAAAGGAUACCCUUGCCAUGCCCACAGCAAGAUGUGCCAUACCCACCACAAGCCUUGCCAUGCCCACUGCAAGCCUCGCCAUGCCCACUGCAAGCCUCGCCAUGUCCACCUCGAGCCUCCUCAUGCCCACCGCGAGCCUUGUCUUGCCCAUCACAAACCAUGCAGUACCAGCUACAAACUUUGUCUCGCCUGCCUCAAGAAGAGCUGUGUCCUCCUCAAGACACGCCCUGCCCUCAGAAUGUGCCAGGCCCCCAGCAGGGUAUGCCGAGUCCACCUCAUGGUUCAUCAUGGCAUCCUCAGCGCUCACUAAGCCCACCUCAACACUCACUGGGCCCACCUCAAGAUGCACCAGCUCCACCUCAGAAGAUAUCAUAUCUGGAAGAUGUGGCCCAUCUACAGGAUGUGCCACAGUCCCUGGGAGACAUGCCACAGUCGUCAGGAGAUAUGCCAUUGUCACCGGCCAGCAUACCACAGUCACCGAGAGACAUGCCAGUGUCUCUGGUCAGCAUGCCACAGCCACCAGCAGAUGUGCCACAGUCACCCGUCAGCGCUCCUCCAUCACCAGGACAUGCGCCGCCGUCACCAGCAAGUGUACCGCAUUCAUCUAGAGAAGUCUCAUACUUAUCAGGAGAUGCCCUUCAUUCACCUGGGGACAUGUCACGCUCAUUGGUAGACAUGCCACCCACAGUUGGACACUUGGCUCAUUUACCAAAAAUCAGGCCUGCCUCUCCCCAGAAUGACAUACAGAACCAUGACACCCCUAUGGAUGUCUCAGCUCCAUCCUCUCCAAGCUCCUCUCCCAGCCCACAGUCCCCAGAGUUUGAGACUUCCUUAGAGAAAGUUCCUUGGCUCUCUGUCACAGAAAAUCCAGCCAGAAAAGAGAGAUCACUGUCAGAGCCUGUCAACCCCGGGUGUGCCCUGAUACAGACACAGAUACCGCAAGGCGGGCUGUACAACAGACCGUGCCUACAUAGACUGAAGUACUUCUUACGGCCUCCGGUGCAUCACCUCUUCUUCCAGACACUAAUACCAGAUAAAGACACAAGAGAGAACAAGGGUCAAAAAUUAGAACCUAUCCCUCAUCGAAGAUUAAGGAUGGUAACAAACACCAUUGAAGAAAAUUUCCCCUUGGGGACUGUGCAGUUUUUGAUGGACUUUGUGUCACCCCAGCAUUACCCACCCCGAGAAAUUGUGGCUCACAUCAUCCAGAAAAUCCUGCUCAGUGGCUCUGAGACUUUGGAUGUUCUAAAGGAGGCCUACAUGCUUCUCAUGAAAAUUCAACAGCUACAUCCAGCUAAUGCCAAGACGGUGGAGUGGGACUGGAAGCUUCUCGCUUAUGUCAUGGAGGAAGAGGGACAAAACCUGCCCGGGCGAGUCUUCUUUCUGCGUUAUGUAGUACAGACCCUGGAAGACGAUUUCCAGCAGAUCCUGAGGAAGCAGCGACAGCACCUGCAGCAAGCCAUCGCAAGCACUGUGCUGUCCUGUGACAAGCAACCCCACAAUGUCAGGGAUGUCAUCAAGUGGUUGAUCAGAGCAGUAACUGAAGACAGAUUAAUCCAGCCCCCAAAUGAGAAUCAAACCUCUCCAGGAAAAGGAAUCUUGAAGACCAGCAGUAGCCACCCUUCUUCCCAACCUAACCUGACAAAGAACGCCAAUCAGCUGAUUAUAUGCCAGCUCCAGAGGAUGCUGUCUAUCGCUGUAGAGGUGGACAGAACCCCCACGUGCAGCUCCAAUAAAAUUGCUGAAAUGAUGUUUGGGUUUGUGCUGGACAUUCCUGAGAGGAGUCAGAGAGAGAUGUUCUUUACUACCAUGGAAAGCCACCUUCUACGCUGCAAAGUGCUGGAAAUCAUAUUUCUCCACAGCUGUGAGACGCCCACCCGCCUGCCCUUGUCUCUGGCCCAGGCCCUCUAUUUUCUGAACAAUUCCACAUCACUGCUCAAGUGUCAGUCAGAUAAAACCCAGUGGCAGAAAUGGGAUGAGCUGGUUGAGCACCUGCAGUUCCUGUUAUCCAGUUACCAGCAUGUUUUAAGAGUGUAACUGCAAGAAACGAGAAAGGACAUAGCUGGAAUCGCUGCUCUGAAACAGAAGAAUUCACAUAGUAUUUUUGUUAUGGCAGAUACUGCAGUGGUCCUCACAGUCCUUAGCAUUGUGUACGUAAAUGAAAGUUACCCUAACGUGAGCAAGAUUCAGUAAUGACCUGGCUAAGCCCUGACAGCUUUCCCGGGCCCAUCACUGCAGAAUCUUCGUUGGGUCUAGUGCUCACGGACUUGGAUGUUGUACACAUCUGUCAGUGUGAUACAAAUACACAGAAGAUCAGUGGCAAGGUAAACAUGUACGUCUUCCAAACAACGUAAGACUGUGAAUGUGGCUCUGCCCGAGUCACAGGCAAAGCCAGUGAGGAGCUGAGAGACUUAGAUUAGUUAGUUAACUAGCACUCAGGGGCAAAUAUCGACAAGGAAAAUGGUGGAAUAGGUGCUUCAAAUAGGAGUGAUUUGAUCAGCCAAGGAUUAAUGAGGCCCUUAGGAAAACUAACAUGAUUAUACAUUACAUAAGGAAAGAUAGUAAGUUUACAAGGAAGAAAACUGACAGUCCUCUUGAUGUGAUACCCUGAGAACAUCUCAUCACUUAGGUAAUGUUCUUGCCAAAAAUUCAUGACCUGAAUCUAAUCAGAAGGAAGCAUCAGACAAACCCAGAUUGAAGGACCUUUUACAAACUAACUGGCCUGUACUUUCAAAAGUCCCAAUGUCUUAAAAACAAAGGAAGACUGAAGAACUAUUCCAGAUUAAAAUCAAACUAAAACACAUGAAUAUUAUAUGCAAAACAUGAUUCUGGAGGGGAUCCUGAAAAAAAGCUUCUUUAUGGUCCAGCUCUCACAUCCAUACAAGACUACUGGAAAAACCACAGCUUUGACUAUACAGACCUUUUUUGGCAAAGUGAUGUCUCUGCUUUUUAAUAUGCUGUCUAGGUUGCUCAUAGCUUUUAUUACAAGGAGCAUGCUUCCUUUGAUUUCAUGGCUGCAGUCACCAACCACAGUGAUUUUGGAGCCCAUGAAAAUAAAAUCUGCCACUGUUUCUGCUUUUUCACCGUCUAUUUGCCAUGAAAUGAUG